AGUUGAAUUUUAGCGUGACAUAAUUUGUGUACCAUCCUAUGUACUUUAAAUUUAAAAAAACGGUUGCAUAGACUACAGAUAUGAAACUACACAAGUUAACUCUUUUAUGUUUUCAGUUAAUCAACGUACAGUCCAAUGCUCGGGUUAUAACAUUCGAACAAGAAAAACGGCCAAUUUUAUCUGCAACGCAUAACGAGGACGAAGUGAUGAUGCAUAAUUAUGAUUAUCCUACCGUAAUGGAAAACGAUGAAGCAAAUGAAGUGAUCUCCGUACGUCUUUUAAACAGCCAUCGCCCGAGUUCAUUUCUACCAAACUCAGCUGAACUACAAAAUGUGUCAUACGAAAGUACUCAAGAAGAUCCAACAGGAAAAGUCAUCCCACAAUAUAAUACCGAAAAUGUUCAAAGUAUGCCGAUCGAAUCAACAACUAUUAGUUUACAAACCCUUUCCACGUCAUCUCAUAUACCGCUACCACCAGAUGACUAUUCCUUAGAAAAGGAUUGGAUUCGAUCUCGAAUAGAAAUACCCAUAUCCUCCGAGGAAGAUGAGGUAGCUUCACCAGCUAGUUUAACGAUGCCAAAAUCUCGAUCGCUAACCAGUACAACUCAAGUAACACCACUAACGACAACACUUCCACCAUCCACUACUCCCAAGACGCCCAUAAUUUUUGGACACCGCAAACGAAAAGCACGAAAUUACAACUAUUAUGACGAUCUACCGGAAGUAGAUUUCGAUCAAAUUGACAUAAGUGACCUGGAAGAUUCGGAAACAAACAGAAAGCCAUUCAAGGAUAUCAUUGCUCAAGGAUUCAAACGGGAGGGCGAUAAAAAAUCCAAUCGUUCCAAAAAACGUCGCCCAAAGACAAAACCCUCAACCACCACAGCAUGUCCAUGUCUGGACGAAAGACAUCAGUCCCCUGUGGCCUAUGAUUAUGCUUUCGAGUACGAUAAUGACGACGAUCAGUACAUAGAGCAUCGGCAACGUCCACCGGUAAGAAAACGUCUUAUCAGCCAGCAAAAUGGAUUGCAGCAGAGCGAGGAUUACCUGAUGGAUCCCACUUCGAGCAUCGAGCGAGUCGAACGCGUCCAGAGUGCCCUGGAACGGAUCAUGGGAAUUGUGACGAUCAUGUCCCACGUCGACAGUUUCAUCCACAAGAAAACCAAACAGUCGAUAAGGCGAUUGGCCAAGCUGUACGAGAGCGUGGAAGAGUAAAUAAAUAGUGUAUACUGCUGAUAA